CACGCCUACAUAGUUACACGUUUCGUCAACCAAUGAACCAGGAAAUCCUUCUGUACAGAAUAAAGAAACGAUUAACUUAAAGAGCUUGAACAAUAUCAUGGCGUCUAACAAAUCAACAGAACUACAUGGAACUAAUAAUUUAGAUCAUGAAGAGGACAAAAAAAAAAACGCGUCCAACCAUCUCUCCGAGCUGCGUCUUAUCCUUCUGGGCUGGCGGUGGCCUGGGAAAAGCCUGACCGGAAACACUAUCCUGGGUUACGAAGAGUUUCGGCUGGAGCGAGCAGCUGAAUUCUCUGUGAAGCGUGAUGCAGAGCGGCUCGGUCGCAAGCUGACUGUCGUGGACACACCAGGCUGGUUUUCAGCUCAGACUACUCCAGCUGCUUAUCAACAGGAGAUGACCCGCAGCCUGUCGAUGUGCCCGCCGGGGCCGCACGCUUUCUUGCUCGUCGUGCCUGUGGGCAUGUUCACGGACACUGACAGAACGAGAAUCGAGGAGAACCUGGUGCUGUUUGGUGAGGCCGUGUGGAGGCACACCAUAGUGGUAUUCACAUGGGCCGAGGUGCUGAAGAACAUGCCGAUCGAGAGACACAUCCGGCGCCAAGGUAGUGCACUGCAGUGGGUGCUGGACAAGUGCAAGAAGAGAUACCAUGUCAUCAACAAUGAUGCUUUUGGAGAGCACACGCAAGUCCCUCAGCUGAUUGAGAAGUUGGAGAAGAUGGUAGCUGAGGAGGGAGGGUACUUUAAACCCAUGACAGAAGAGGAGAAAGCAAAGAUUCAGGUUACGGUUGCGGCUACUGAUGAGAACUCAAACCCGAAUGAGGUGAAAGAGAAGCGUGAGCUUGGAGCCAGGCCCAAACAGAACUGUUCCUUUAGCUCAGUGCAGUCUGUUGAUGCAGAGAGUCCACACAAUUUGAUGGAAGAAAUGUCUGAUUGAGAAAAAAGAGAUCAGAGAAUUUAUGCUGCUUCGUUACAUUCCUUGAUCUGAGGUCAUUUGGUGAAUAUCUGCAGCUACAGGAAACGACUAUUUAUUUAAAAACAAGUUAUGAAUUUAAUUUACGGAUGUGCUGUAUAUCUUUUAAAAAUUUAGACACCCCUUAUCAAUUGAGCUACACUAGUUAUAGUUAAGUCAUGAAAGUUAGUUUGUUACUCAUUUUGUAUUGUUGUUAAUUUUUUUAAACUUCUGCAUUAGUAAAUCAGUGUCAUAUCAAAAUAUAGAAUAAAUAUUGUUAGCGCAACAUUCAUAACCUAGAUGCAUAGCCCAAUGUUAUAAUGUUUUUUUUUUCUUUUUAAAACUUUUUUUUCUUCUUUUAAAUAAUUUACUUGUGCCUGAACUGAAAUCAACAAUGACCACCAACGGGUGACAGAUUAUUGAUUUGUGUCCGUCUCUUUUAAAAUUGUUACUGUUGUAAAUCUUUAUUCAGCAAAAUAUUUUUUGUUGUUGUUUAUUUUGUAGAUGAAGUCACUGCAUACAUUCCUGUACCUUUUAUUACUGUAUGUACAACAUGCUUUUAGAGAACACUUUUAAAUGAAUGAAGUAGAAACAUUGUUUCUUUGAUUGUUGUAUUUAAGAACGGUUAUUUAACUCUCACCCUUUAAGUGGAUCUUUUGCUUUUAUACUGUACACUGGACAAUGGAAACGCUUGCACCAAGAUGCACAAUGAAACAACUUAACAGCUACACCUAACUGCAAAGUUUUGUUUGAACAAGUUAAACACUAUUUUUUUCUCAAGGCAGAAAAUAACACUGUACCACAGUGUAAUACCGUCAUGAAGGGCUUUGAUCAUUUUAUGGAGCACAAAAAAAAAGGAAAUUGACAGUGUAGUCACAUCCAUGACAUUAAACAGAUUGUUCCAGUUCUUCCAUAAAACUUGGACAUUGGAGCCAUUUGGAGUAUAUUUAAAUAUAUCGAUCCAUAGUUAAAUAAAUUAAAAUAGGUUGAAGCAGGUUUCAUAAUUACUAACUCUGUGUGCUGUAGUUUUGCACUUAGUUUCGAAAUUUCAAUUAAUUCAAAUUCCAGACAAGAACUGCUUCAAUUAAAGGUUAAAUGUACAUUUUUUAUGUAAAAUAAAGCCUAUUGUAUUACAG